AUGAGGUGGUCAACGUCCAGCGGUUUGGCAGUGCUUUUCGCCGCCACCGCAGCAUGCUGGCCCUACGACGAGUCCUGGCUGGAUUACAACCUCAACCAGAACAAGACCGCAACAAACCCAGCGGAUUACUGGGGAGAAUGGCCAGACCACACGGGAAAAUAUCAUCCUUCCCCAGACAACUGGCGAUUCCCAUUCUAUACUCUCUUCUUGGAUCGCUUCGUCAACGGCGACCCUACCAACGAUAAUAUUAAUGGCACAUUGUUCGAACACGACCUUGACUCGAAUCAAAUGCGCCACGGAGGUGAUGUUGCCGGUCUUAUUGAUACUUUGGACUACCUCCAAGGAAUGGGUAUCAAGGGUCUCUAUCUUGCCGGUACUUCACUGAUGAAUCAGCCGUGGGGCUUCGAUGGUUAUUCGGCUUUGGAUACAACGCUACUGGAUCGACACUACGGCAACCUUCAGCUCUGGCGUGAUGCCAUUACCGAGAUCCACAGGCGCGGCAUGUACGUCGUGUUCGAUAACACGAUCGCUACCAUGGGUGACUUGAUCGGCUUCGAAGGACAUCUCAACAGCACGACACCUUUUUCCGAGAAAGAAUACAAGACUCAGUGGAAGAGCAAUCGUCGCUACGUGGACUUCGACAUCGGAGAGACGUACAAUGCCACCUGUAACUAUCCCCGAUUCUGGUACGAGAACGGCUUCCCUGUCAACGAAUCUAUGACUGCGGAGCUGGUCGGCUGCUACGACAGUGAUUUCGAUCAAUACGGUGACAUCGAGGCUUUCGGUGUGUAUCCCGACUGGAAGCGACAGCUCGCCAAGUUCGCCUCCGUGCAGGACCGUCUUCGUGAAUGGCACCCGACCGUACGCGAGAGACUGAUCCGCCACUCCUGCAUGGUGAUUGCUUCCUUGGAUAUCGAUGGUUUCCGAUACGACAAAGCCACCCAGGCCACCGUGGACGCGCUGGGUGAUAUGUCUGCAGCCUACCGAGAGUGCGCGCGCGCCGUGGGCAAAAAGAACUUCUUCAUCGCCGGUGAAAUUACCGGUGGCAACACCUUUGGCUCCGUUUAUCUCGGUCGUGGCAGACAGCCAAACCAACUCCCUGACGAUUCCACCGCUGCGAUGAAGAUGACCAACGAGUCCAGUCCGCAAUAUUUCCUACGUGAAAUUGGCUAUGAAGCAAUUGAUGGAGCAGCCUUCCACUACUCCACUUAUCGUGCUCUCACCCGUUUCCUGGGCAUGGACGGUCAACUCUCUGCCGGGUACGAUGUGCCCGUCGAUUGGGUCAACGCAUGGAACGAGAUGCUGCAGACGAACGAUCUAAUCAACGCGAACACUGGAAAAUUUGAUCCUCGGCACAUGUUCGGUGCCACCAACCAGGAUGUCUUUCGUUGGCCGGCAAUCGAGCAUGGUAUUGAACGACAGCUGCUUGGAUCUUUCGUCACUACCCUGCUCAUUCCCGGAAUACCCCUUCUUCUUUGGGGCGAGGAGCAAGCUUUCUACAUCCUGGACGCAACCGCGUCGAACUAUAUCUAUGGCCGUCAGGCGAUGUCUGCCGCGACCGCUUGGAGAACCCACGGCUGUUUCUCUUUGGAGUCGUCUCAAUACUAUAAGUGGCCCAUCGUGAAGGGUAGUCAGGGUUGCCAUGAUGAGUCGGUUGCCUACGACCAUCGCGAUCCCAGUCACCCGGUGCGCAACAUCAUGAAGCACAUGUAUCAACUACGCGAGCUGUUCCCCGUUUUGAAUGAUGGCUACAGUCUUCAGAACCUAUCGAAAUCGACCGAGGAUGUAUACUAUCCUGGCUCCAACAGUACCCCGACCGAGACUGGAAUGUGGUCCAUUCUCCGCCACGUCGACCCCGAGGUGCAGGAUCUGGGCUCUGCCUCUGCCAACCAGCCCAUCUGGCUGGUCUACCAGAACACCAAUCGCACAAUUGACUACAAGUUUGACUGUACCACCAAGAACAGUGAGCUUAGUCUGAUCUCUCCAUUCGACGAAGGCACCUGGGUCAAGAAUCUCUUCUACCCUUACGACGAGUUCAAGUUGGAGGCUAGCCCAUGGAAACUUGGGUAUAACAGAUCCACCAAAUACAACGGCUGCUAUCCCAACUUGACACUGAACGCCUACGAGUUCCGUGCAUACGUUCCCAAGGACCAGUUCAAGUUGCCCCGAUCCAUGGUCACCGCAUUCACUCCGGGUCACGAUGUUCCAAUCCGAUCCACCGUGGCGCCAAAUCUGUCGGAAGACGUACACAUUGAGCUUUUCUUCUCAGAGGAGAUGGAUUGCGAUUCAAUCACCAACAGCCUGUCUAUCACCUCGUCCACUGAAGCUAGUAAGGUGGCAACGCUCAACCCAAAGACCGUCAACUGCACCUCUAUUUCUCCCACCGAUACCUCAUACACAGGUCAAAUUCCGAGCCUCUUCAUGUGGGCUGCAAACUUGACCGGCGUAUACAACGGCGUCCACAGAUUGACUCUCAACAACGCAAGUAAUGUCCAUGGAAACUCAUCUACGGGUGCGGUUGACCACUUUUUGUUCCGAAUUGGCCAAAUCGAUAACCCCAUGGUCUUCUCCUCUGCCAACUACUCCACCAGUUUGCUUCACCAGCACACCAACAACAAUACCCUUUUCAUCCAGCACCACGCUGCUGGCGCUGACAAGUACCGCUAUUCUACCAACUGGGGCACGACGUUCUCUGACUGGAGGGCCUACAAGGGUGGUAACGACACUAUCGAAACCCUUCCCUGGUCGGGUACCAAGAAGCAGGCCUGGAAGGGCGAGCACGUGCGCGUUGAGUACUGGAGUGGUUUGACUGGAAGCAGUGACUACGUUCAACACGGUGAUACGAACUGGAAUUCUGGAGUUCCUCGUCGCUUCCCUCACGUCUUUUUCAAUGGACCAUACAACCAGUAUGGCUAUGAUGGCGGUCUCGAUAAUGUGGUUAAGCAGGAUGAGAACAAUGGAUAUUGGAAGUACCACUUCACGUCUGAAUGGCCGGCUGUCGGGCAGCUCAACAUCUGGGGCGUCAACCCCGGUGGAACUCCUGAUCAAAGCUGGGUGCUCGGUGAUGCAGACGGCGACGGCGUCUUGGAUCGCAUGCCUCCUUCAUCCCUGACAAGUACGUUGCUUAACAUCACCAAGCCUCCGCCUUCACCGUACGUGGCCUGGGAGUUGUAUGUCAACGAUGCCACUCUGCGCUAUAGUGUGAUCCCGGCCGGCACUCAAUAUCCGCAGAUUGUCAUGUUUGUCCUCUUCUGGAUUAUUCCAGUCAUCACGGGUGCAGGAUGUGUCUACAUCUUCAUGAAGUCCUUCUACAAGGUCAAAUUCAACGAAAAUGGUGCCACCGAAAAGGCUCGAAUGACGCCAAUGCUCUUCCUGAAGAAACUGAAGCCCUCGCGUUCUACCGAGAGGGGCGAUCAUGUCAAUCCUCUCAUGCGUCUUGCGAACAAGUCGGGCUUCAUGCAAAGCACCACUGCCCUGGCUGGAGGUGCAGGGAGCGGCAAGCGCCGCAUGGUUCUAAUCGCCACUAUGGAGUACGACAUUGAGGAUUGGGCCAUCAAAAUCAAGAUCGGUGGUCUCGGUGUCAUGGCCCAGCUCAUGGGUAAGACUCUCGGUCACCAGGACUUGAUUUGGGUCGUUCCUUGCGUCGGUGGUGUCGACUAUCCUAUCGACCAGGAGGCAGAGCCGAUGACUGUGACCAUCUUGGGCCGUAAAUAUCAGGUCAAGGUUCAGUAUCACGUUUUGAAAAAUAUCACCUACGUUUUGCUCGAUGCCCCUGUGUUCCGUCAGCAGUCGAAGUCUGAACCUUACCCUGCCCGCAUGGAUGACCUGGACAGCGCUGUCUACUACUCCGCUUGGAACCAGUGUAUCGCCCAGGCUAUCAAACGUUUCCCGAUUGACCUCUACCACAUCAACGAUUACCACGGAUCCGUCGCUCCUCUGUAUCUCCUACCAGAGACUAUCCCCGCUUGUCUUUCGCUUCACAAUGCUGAGUUCCAGGGUCUUUGGCCCAUGCGCACCCAGAAGGAAAGACGCGAAGUAUGCUCCGUUUUCAACCUCGAGGAAGAUAUCGCUCGCCGGUAUGUGCAAUUCGGUGAGGUGUUCAACUUGCUCCACGCAGGUGCAAGCUACCUCCGAGUCCAGCAACAAGGUUUCGGUGCUGUUGGUGUGUCCAAAAAGUACGGCAAGCGGUCUUAUGCUCGUUAUCCCAUUUUCUGGGGUCUACGGAAAGUGGGCAAUCUACCUAAUCCGGAUCCUUCUGAUGUUGGAGAGUGGACCAAGCAGCCUAUCAAGGAUGAAGACAUCACCGUCGACCCCGAGUAUGAGGCCGGUCGUGGCGAGCUUAAGAGACAGGCCCAGGAGUGGGCAGGUCUUGAGCAGAACCCGGAUGCCGAUCUUCUGGUGUUCGUCGGUCGCUGGUCGAUGCAGAAGGGUGUUGAUUUGAUCGCCGAUGCGUUGCCUGCUGUCCUUGAGGCCCGUCCUAACGUGCAGGUCAUUUGCAUUGGUCCCGUUAUUGAUCUCUACGGAAAGUUCGCUGCUCUUAAGCUUGGUCGCAUGAUGGAGGUCUACCCCGGCCGAGUCUUCUCCAAGCCCGAAUUCACUGCUCUUCCGCCGUUCAUCUUCUCAGGUGCCGAAUUCGCCCUGAUCCCCUCCCGUGAUGAGCCCUUCGGUCUCGUUGCUGUGGAGUUCGGUCGCAAGGGAGCUCUCGGUAUUGGAGCCCGCGUCGGCGGUCUCGGUCAGAUGCCAGGCUGGUGGUAUAACGUGGAAUCCACCUCAACCAAGCAUCUGCUGGUCCAGUUUAAGCUGGCUAUCGAGGCUGCGCUGAACUCCAAGACGGACACUCGUGCCAUGAUGCGCGCCAGAUCUGCGAAGCAAAGAUUCCCCGUUGCUCAGUGGGUGGAAGACCUCGAGAUCCUUCAAUCUACUGCCAUUGACGUCCACAAUAAGGAGGUUGCAAAGGGUCAUGGCCGUCCUCUCACUGCUUCUGGAACCAGCACGCCCAAUGGAGCCAUGAGGUCUCAGCAGUCUUUGGCGCUGGCUCCCCUGUCUCCUCCAGUCAAUGCCGCCUACCCGCAUUCCAGAGAGAGCAGCUACUCGAGCUUCAACCAGAUCAGUGAUCUGGGUUCGCAGAAGAGAACUGUCUAUAGCCGAGACAUCAGUCCCUCCGAGACAGAGAAGCCCAAGUCUGGCCUCAGUCGGUCGCUCUCUCUUGGUGUUCGCUCGGGUCCUGGACACCAGGGCCGUCGUGGUCGUCGCAACCAGGUCGAGGGCGUCGAGGAGCACGAGAAUGAGAACGCAUAUGCCGAGGAGAGCAGUGACGAAGACACAGCUCACAGCAUCUAUGGUGACGAUGAGUACACUAUCACCGCCGCCCAGAUCGAGGAGGGACGUCGCGCGCAGGCCGCUCACAGACAGAACUCGGGCUUGCCUUCGCCCAGUCGUCGCAACAGCCAAGAGUCGAUGCAUGCCAGGUUCCUCAUGCCCCUAAGCAGCCCUGGCACACCCCCUGCCGGCGCCGACCAGCUUCUUCUUCCUCCGCAGCCCUUCGCCGAGUCUAACCGAUACAGCAGCGGAUCUGUUCUCUCGCUGGAUUCCGUUGUCGGCAACAAGAAGGAUUUCAAGCUGCAGAAGGUGGAUCCGUUCUUCACAGACGGUACUGGUGAAUACUACCACCACUUCGAGCAGAAGUUGGAGGGCCUGAAUGGCUCCAACUCUGAAGGCGAUCUCUGCAUUGAAGAAUUCCUGGUCAAGAGUGAGCAGGAAUGGUUCGAUCGGUUCCGCAACGCCAAACUUGGUCGUCACCACCCUAAGUCGCCAACUCCCUCGAUCUUCCGCUCGAGGCACAGUCCAUCGCCUGCCGGAGAGUAUGAUGAUGCCCUUUCCCACAUUUCUCUCAGCGAUAAUUAUGACAGCGAUGGCGAUGAAUUCCUUCUUGGAAAAGACUAUGUUCCUCCCACCGGCCUCAGGAAGUGGAUGCAGAUCAAGAUCGGUGACUGGCCGGUCUAUUCCAUCUUCCUUGCUUUGGGUCAAGUUAUUGCCGCGAACUCCUACCAAAUCACUUUGCUUACCGGCGAAGUUGGUGAGAGUGCCGAAAAGCUGUACGGUAUCGCCACCACCUAUGCCAUUACCUCUGUGUGCUGGUGGAUGGUGUACCGUUAUUUCAAGUCUGUUGUUUGCCUCUCGACACCCUGGUUCCUCUAUGGUCUGGCAUUCCUCCUGAUCGGCUCAGCCCACUGGCAGAGCAACUCGUUCAAUCGCGGAUGGAUCCAGAACAUUGGAAGUGGAUGCUACGCCGCCGCUUCGUCCAGUGGAUCUAUCUUCUUCGCCUCGAACUUUGGUGACGAAGGUGGUGCCCCAGUCGAAACUUGGAUCUUCCGUGCCUGUGUCAUUCAGGGUGUCCAACAAGCCUACGUUAUUGCUCUUUGGUAUUGGGGCUCGACCCUGACCAAGGCUUCCAGCGAAGGUCUGCUGAAUUCGGACACCUCUAUCUCCAACACCUGGAGGAUGACGGCCAUUUGUUACCCGAUCGCCAUCUUUGUCUGGGGUAUCGGUCUGCUGUUGAUCUUUGGUCUGCCCAACUACUACCGUCAGAAGCCUGGCAAGGUGCCUUCCUUCUACAAGUCCCUGUUCCGCAGAAAAAUCGUUCUUUGGAACUUCGUGGCCGUUAUCCUGCAGAACUUCUUCCUCAGUGCCCCCUACGGUCGUAACUGGAGCUUCCUGUGGAGCUCAAUCCACACCCACGCCUGGGAGAUCGUCAUCUUGUGCAUUGUCUUCUUCGGCUUCGUGUGGUGUGUCUUCCUCUUCAUCAUCAGCAAAUUCUCCAAGCGACACAGUUGGUUCCUUCCUGUAUUCGCCUGUGGUUUGGGCGCACCUCGCUUUAUCCAGAUCUGGUGGGGUGUCUCGGGCAUCGGCUACCAUCUGCCCUGGGUGGCAGGUGGAUACACCGGAGCAGCCCUCGCGUCCCGAAGUGUUUGGCUCUGGCUGGGAGUUUUGGACUCCAUCCAAGGUCUGGGCUUCGGUGUAAUCCUUUUGCAAACACUGACGCGUGUGCACAUGUGCUUCGCACUCAUUGCCUCGCAAGUGAUUGGUUCCAUUGCAACUAUUUGUGCCCGAGCCUUUGGACCCAACAACGUCGGCCCUGGACCGAUUAGCCCAGACAUGACCAAGGGUGCCGGUGAACUGGCAAACGCCUGGUUCUGGGUCGCUUUGAUGUCCCAGCUCCUCAUCUGUGCUGGAUUCUUGCUGUUCUUCCGGAAAGAGCAGCUUUCCAAGCCUUAA